AUGGAUACCACAGUUGAUGGUAUCUUUCAACCACUCAAAGGUUUUCACAAUUCUCCAGUGGGAGUAAACCACAGACUACAAGGGAGUUUCACAGCUAUUAAAACCAGGGCUCCGCAGUUGAGAGGUAGCUUUGCAGUUUGUGGAGAUUUAUUUUUCAUGACUGACGGCAUUAUGGUUCAAGUCGGAGGGAAAGAUUCCUGGAACUCCAUCACAAGUGUUGCCUUAACAGGAGCCAUACUGGCAGCAAGAGAUGGAUCAGUGGCCAUGGUUGGGUCAGCAGUAAUGGGUGGCAUUCUAGCUUUAAUUAUAGGACCUGGUAUCUUGUUGAUAAGAUUUAUCUCUGCAUGA